AUGCAGUCAGUGCAAACUGCACUUGCAGACCUGGCAGUGGCAGCCGAUGGCGGCAUGGGCGUGUACGCGCUGACGCAGCAAUUUGACGUUUUAGUGCAGCAGCAGCUGACCGGCUUGACGCCGGCAAGCUUUGCCAUCGUGCUGGCUGCUGGCCUGGUCACCAGCUUGUCACCAUGCACGCUGAGCGUGCUGCCCUUGACUAUAGGCUACAUAGGCGGGUAUGCACCCUCCACUGCGGGUGGCGUGCAAAGCGGUAGCGACGGCGGCACAAGCACCAGUGGCGGCACGCCUGCAGCGAGUGCGGUUGAAGAUGUUGGCGAUGGCAGCGAAAGCAGCGCCCCUACCAGCAGCAGCACCAGAAUUGUCACACCCCCGCAGCAGCAGCAGCAGCAGCAGCAGCAGCAGCCGCGGCCCCCGCCCCUGGCGCUGCAGGCGCUCAGCUUCUCCCUGGGGCUUGCCAGUACAUUUGCGGCGCUCGGCGUCGCCAGCAGCCUCGCGGGCAGGGCGUACGGCACGGCCCUGGGGGACGCGGCGCCGCUGGUGGUGGCGUGCGUGGCCAUUGCCAUGGGGCUCAACCUCCUGGAGGUCCUGCCGCUGCGCCUGCCCUCCCUCGACGUCGACGUGCGCCGCCUGCCCCUACCGCCAGCCCUCACUGCCUACCUGGCGGGUGCGACGUUUGCGCUUGCGGCGUCGCCCUGUAGCACGCCCAUCCUGGCCACUCUGCUGGCCUACGUCAGCGCCAGUGGGGACCCGCUGCGCGGCGGCGCGCUGCUGAUGGCAUACUCCCUGGGAUACGUGGCGCCGCUGCUGUUUGCGGCGUCGGCGACGGGCGCCGUGAAGCAGGUGCUGGCGCUGCGGCAGUACUCGGCCUGGGUCACACCAGCCAGCGGGGUGCUCCUUUUGUCGGGCGGCACGUACGCGCUGCUCUCGCGGAUCGCGUGA